UGCGCGAUACAGAAAAGAAAUAAAUUGUCUUUUUUUCUUUUCAAGAUACAUUCUACAUUUCACGUAUACCCGAAAUAAAUGAGCAAAUCAACGACACAAUCACAAACUGAUCUUACCGAUGCUAUAUUUGAGGUUGAAAAAAUUGUUGGACAUAGACAUUCACAAAGAGAACAAAAUGCUGUAGAAUAUUUAAUUAAAUGGAAAGGCUAUGACGAAGAGUUCAAUACAUGGGAAAGAGAAUCCAAUGUUUAUGCAAAAGGAUUAAUCAAUCAAUACUGGGCUAAUCAACCUUAUACAUUGACUGAAUUUAGAAAAAAACACCCUAAUAAUGAAAAGUUGAAUAGUAAAAAUAAAAACAAGAGUAAAGAAUCUAACAGCUUGAAAAGAAAAGUAAGCUCAUCACAUAACUCGACCAAAGUAGAUCGUAAGCAGAUUAUUCAAGAAAUAAAAGCUUCUCAAAUCUCUUCUACGCCACCUGCUGGAUAUUUAUGGUCAGAUAUAGAUUCAGUUGUUAACGUCUUUUAUAAUGAGCCCAAUGUUUAUUUUGCAGAGGUGAAAUGGUCUCAAGAUGAACAAAAAAAUACGUACAUUCCAACACGAAUUCUUAAAAAGCAUAAUCCUUUAAAGCUGAUUUAUUUUUAUGAAAAACGACUCGAAUUCUACCUUCCUCCUCCAAAAGAUACCAAAUAAAAUUGAGUCACAAAAAAAAAACAAAUAGGCUUUUAUACAUUUGUAUAAAAAAAAAUAAAAAUAAAAUAAAUGUAUACAACAAAACGCGCUCUUCAAAUUAAAUAAACGCGUUGAAAC